UUUAAUUUGAUUCGAUUCGAUUGACCUUUUUCCAAUCCCGUUCGCGGUUAUGGGUAACGAAUCCGAAACGCAAACGCUUCUAAACGCGGCCGAAUAUCUCCUCCAAAGCCGCAACUUCGCCGACUGCAUCAACUACGCCGCCCGCGCCCACGAUUCCGACCCCACAAAUCCCGCCCCCGUCAGAAUCCUCUCCACCGCCUCCGUCCUCUCCGCCUCCAAAAUCACCGCCACUCACCAUGACUACUACGCCGUCCUCAAUCUCCCCUAUUUCGACUCCGAUUCCUCUCGAAUCGACUCCACCUUCGAAACCCUAACUUCAAUUCUCGAUCCCAAUACCAACCGCUGCCCCUUCGCAUCCGAGGCCUUCGAUUUGGCGGUCAAAGCGUGGUCCGUCCUGUCUAAUCCCCUCGAGAAGGCCCGGUUCGAUGCCGAGUUGCAGGCGUUUUUCGAUCCCGCCGUCUCUACCUCCGCUACCUUUUGGACAAUCUGCCCUUAUUGCUAUUACGUCUACGAGUAUGAUAAGGUUUUCGAGGAUUGCUGCUUGAAGUGCCAGAAUCAGAGGUGUAGACGAGUGCUUCACGCCGUGCCGAUUGCGGGGCCUCCGCCGCCGCCGGACGUGGUGUCCAGGGGCCAGUACUGCUGCCCUGGAUUCAUGCCGUUCGCGCUUCGUUCCAACGAUGGAAAGCCAAUUCGAGACAAAUUAUGGCUUCCCUUCGCGCCUUCGCAUCACUUAGAUUUCAGGGAACAGGUUCUCAGGCUCAUGUUAAUGGAAAAAAGGCGAGAACGGAAGGAAAUUCAAGAAAGAGGAUGAAAUCCGCGCCCUGGAAAUCAAAGAAGUUGUUGGGUAGAGGGAUUAAUAUCGAUGGCGACGAGGCACAUCGUGUAUACGGAGUUAGGGACGAGAGUUGUUUUAAUGACGAACCCGAGCCUUGUUUGGGGGGACUGGAGUUCCUUAAUGGAGAUGAUGAUGUAUUCGUUAGUUUGCCGUGCGAAUUUGAUAUGGGAAAUGGGAGACCAAUGGCCUUGUAAAAUGAUGUUGAUACAACUGACUGAAGCAGGAAGGUAAUUGCUUAUUUGGUGUAGGAAAGAAAUUAUCAGCUUUUCUGCUUCGUUACUGUUUUGCUUCUUUCCUGUAAAUCUAUAGCCUUUUGGGAUAGUGAUGACACACACAAUGUGCUCUAGCUGUGUAAGUUGGUUUUUGCUUUCUUGUCAAAUUGCCAAUAGUUAGUUGUUUUAGUCUAUGAGAAAAAUUUUCCUAUUAUGUCCA